GCGGGCACUCUUGCAACAGGGGCCCCUCAGGCCUGCCUAUAUCCGCGGCUAGCACGAUCGCCGGUCACUCGAGAAGGGCCUAUAUAAAUAUGGACAGAUUCUCGCAGGCAUCAUACGUAACAAGGAGAUUGCAGCAGCUGUAUCUCGCGUACGCGCGCUUUGAUUCAGUGUCAGAGACUUGUUUCGUCGGCAGUACCAAUCAGUCGACUGAUUUGGCUGUCGGGUUCGAGACGCGUUCUUCAUCAGCUGCAUUACGUCAGGUAUUCAGCUUAGCGAGGAUGGGUGUGGUGGAUAAGCUCUCUCUCCGCGAUCCGACUCUGCUGAUCACCAAAGGACUGAUCGGAGCUGAUUGGACGGGAUCGGAUGAUGGGUCUACGUUUGAGGUCGUGAACCCAGCAACUGGAGAAGUCGUUGCAGAACCUUCGAAGAUGGGAGCUUCGGAAACAGCCCACGCCAUCAGUGAGGCCGAAAAGGCAUUAUCAGUAUGGAAGAAGAAGACUGCAAAAGAGCGUUCUGUCAUUCUGCGAAAAUGGCAUGAUUUGGUCGAUGAAAAUAUGGGAGACUUGGCUAAGAUCAUUACCCUGGAGAAUGGAAAACCAUGCGCAGAGGCUGCACAGGAGCUUCGAAUGGGGAACGACUUUGUGGAAUUGAUGCUGGAAGAGGCCAAGCGCGUUCAUGGCGACAUUUUACCAUCUCCCGCUCCAGGCAAGAAAAUCUUCGUGCUUAAGCAGCCCAUUGGCGUGGUUGGCGCGAUCACUCCAUGGAACUAUCCCGGCAUGCUGGCUCUAAGGAAGAUAUCGUCAGCAUUGGCGGCAGGUUGCACAAUGGUGCUGAAGCCGGCGGAGCUAACGCCCUUGUCUACUCUUUCAAUUGCCGAGCUUGGACUGCGGGCUGGAUUUCCGCCGGGUGUCCUUAAUGUUGUGAUGGGUGAUGCCCCAGCAGUGGGGAAGGCUCUUCUGGAGAGUACUGUGGUCCGCAAGCUGACUUUCACAGGAUCAACGGCUGUGGGUAAGCUUUUGAUGGAAGGUGCUGCAAAGAAUGUGAAAAAGGUUUCUUUGGAACUGGGAGGGAACUCUCCAUUCAUCGUGUUUGAUGAUGCAGACGUCGAUCUCGCAGUCAGUUCAGCGAUGAUGAUCAAAUUUUGGAAUGGUGGUCAAGCAUGUAUCAGUGCAAACCGAAUUUUUGUGCAGGAUGGCAUUUACGAUACGUUCUCAAGGAAGCUUUCAGAAGCAGUUGCUGGUAUCAAAGUGGGAAAUGGAUUUGAGGAAGGGGUCAUGAUGGGCCCUCUCAUCUCCACAUUAGGACUCAGCAAGUCGUCGAACUUGCUGAUGUUGAAGUGCGGCGUGUUAUUCCACAUUACUCCCGUCAUCAUGCUCAACAUCAAGUUAGCCAGAAUGACUAAAAACGGUAGCCAGUCCGUGAAGAACAGCCAGCAGGGCAAGGGAACAUUUCCUCAAGGUGUCGAGAUGCGACGUCGAACACUUGAGAGGUAUUGCACCAAAAGAGUACUUGAGGAGGGAGAAGGGGAGGUUCGAUGCCAGGUGGGAAUGAUGACUCUGGCUCCGACGAUGACGACGACGGCGACAUUCCCAUUCCAAGCACCACGAACGCCUGCUCCAGAGGAGGUCACAAUCCAACGUCAUGGGUUGCGCAGCAAUCUGCUUGAGCUCGAGACCAUGACCGUUGAGCAUGCCCACAAAUUCAAAGCUGCGAGGGCAAUUGCAUGUGCACCUUCCUCGAUCCCGAUCAAACGAGGGAGAGGAAGACCUCGUAAGGAGGCUGCAACUCAAGGGGGAACAAGUGAUGUGGAGGUUGAGGGCGUGGAGGGCGGCAAUUUGGCAGGAGGUCCAGCACCCGCACAUGAUGAGGAGGUUGGGGACGUGGAAGGUGGCAAUUGGGCAGGAGGUCCUGCACCGGAAUGUGUAGGCGAGCGGGGACAACCGCAGAAGGAGCCCGUGCAAGAGGUGGAGGAAGCAGCGCGAAAAGCGACAAGCAGCGAUGAAAGUGGUGGUGGUGGUGAUGAAAAUGAUGGCGGAAGCUACGAAAGUGAUGGCAGUGGCGAUGGUCAUGACAGGAGUGGCGACAGCGAUGGGACUGAUGGAAGUGGCAAGGACUCUAGGAGGAUGAAAGCGAAGAUGACGAGAAAGAUGGUCACGAGGGGAGUGGCAGCAGCAACGGGACUGAUGGCAGUGGCAAGGAGGACGAAAGUGAAAGUGAUGAGAAAGAUGGCAGUUCGUCGAAGGAUGGCGACUCUGAAUCAGACCUCCUGUGCUCUGCUGCCUGAACUACAAAGUGCAAAGCAGGUGGAGAGGCUUGUCCAGGAUGCCGUUGCCAAGGGGGCUAAAGUUCUCACAGGCGGAAAACGGCAUUCCCUCGGGGGGACCUUCUAUGAGCCAACGGUGUUGGCGGACAACAACAACAGUAUGGGCCUUUUCAGUGAGGAGAUAUUUGGCCCUGUUGCGCCCUUGUACCGGUUCCAAACAGAGGAGGACGUGGUGGAGCUUGCAAAUGACACACAAUACGGUUUGGGUGCCUACAUGUUCACUCGAGAUAUGGCCAGAGGAUGGAGAAUUGCCGAGAAUUUGGAGUACGGUAUGGUGGGGUGGAAUGAGGUGGAAAUAGCGAGUGAGACUGCACCUUUUGGAGGUUGGAAGCAGUCGGGACUUGGGAGAGAGGGCUCAAAAUAUGGCCUUGAAGAAUUUCUCGAGAUGAAGUCUGUUUUUGUGGGUGCACUUGCAGCUUGAUUCUGCCUUGGGGUGGUUGAAAAAAAAUUGGUUAAAACGCAGCGGUCUCUGGAGACUGGAGCUAUGCGCAGAUGAAGUCUGUUUAUGUGGGCGGCUGGACUUGCAGCUUGGGAGACGACAUCCGGGCAGAGGAGUUGGCCAUUCUCUCCUGUCUGUGAGCUGUUUGAAGAUGCGACGUACUGUGGAAAAGAAGAGAAGUGGAGGCUUAUCGGCUCUCGUCUCAAAACUGCCUACAAACUGUAGACAGACAUAUUACCACUGCUUACCACCUAUUAGCACUGCCUACCACCUUAUGCGAUAUUAGUUAGUACCUGUGUAGCGGUGCACCUGAGGCCUGGCAGCUAGGCCGGACCAGUUUCAGGUCGUCAGCCUGAUCCUGGUCCGGUACCGUUGGUUUUCCCACUACCUGGACCUGAGCUGGUCUAUGACUUCGGCCUAGGCCCAGGUCGCUGGUCUUCACUUUUGUUCAUUCUGUCGGAGAUUCCCACGUUCAGCUGCUGCCUCUGUGUGUGUCCAUCUCUCUCUCUCUCUCUCUCUCUCUCUCUCUCUCUCUCUCUCUCUCUCUCUCUCCUUCGUCUCCGCCUGUGCACCUGGCG